CUUACCCCUGGCUGGGAAAUGGCUGCUCCCGAGACCCAGGGGGCUGCGGCCCAAGGAGGGGAGGACCGCACUGGCAGCCACGGCGGAGUUGGGGGUGUUGGUUUCGAGGGCAGUAAGGAUUGUAUCCUGGAGUCCCUGUCCCUGCCAGAAGGUCCAGGUGGCACCACCGCUUCAGAAGGUUCUCCAUCUGUGCCUUGUAUUUUCUGUGAAGAACAUUUUCCCAUGGCUGACCAAGACAAGCUUCUGAAGCACAUGAUUAUCGAGCAUAAGAUUGUCAUCGCUGACGUCAAGUUGGUCGCUAACUUCCAAAGGUACAUUUUAUAUUGGAGGAAAAGGUUCACUGAGCAGCCCAUCACAGAUUUUUGUAGUGUGAUAAGAAUCAAUUCUACAGGCCCACUUGAAGAACAAGACAAUUAUUUUUUGUUAUGUGACGUUUUACCAGAAGAUAGACUUCUUAGAGAAGAGCUUCAGAAACAGAGACUGAAAGAAAUUCUGGAGCAACAGCAGCAAGAAAGAAACGACACCAGUUUUUAUGGUGUUUGUAUGUUUUGCAAUGUGGAAUUCUCCGGUAACAGAUCUGUGCUUUUGAACCACAUGGCCAGAGAACAUGCUUUCAACAUUGGAUUGCCAGACAACAUUGUAAACUGCAGUGAAUUUCUGUGUACCCUCCAGAAGAAGCUGGACAACUUGCAGUGCUUGUACUGUGAGAAGACCUUCAGGGACAGAAACACCCUGAGAGACCACAUGAGGAAAAAACAACAUCGUCGGAUCAAUCCGAAGAACCGGGAAUACGACCGAUUUUAUGUCAUCAAUUACUUGGAACUGGGAAAGUCUUGGGAAGAAGUUCAACUGGAAGAUGACCGAGAGUUGCUAGACCAUCAAGAAGAUGACUGGUCUGACUGGGAGGAGCACCCUGUGUCUGCCGUUUGCCUGUUUUGUGAAAAGCAAGCAGAAACCAUCGAGACGUUAUAUGUCCACAUGGAGGAUGCACACGAAUUCAAUCUCCUCAAAAUAAAGUCCGAACUUGGAUUAAAUUUCUAUCAGCAAGUGAAGCUGGUGAACUUCAUCCGAAGGGAAGUCCACCAGUGCCGGUGUUACGGCUGCCAGGUGAAGUUCAAGUCAAAGGCUGACUUACGGACUCACAUGGAGGAGACGAAACACAUCUCACUGCUUCCUGAAAGGCAGACGUGGGAUCAACUGCAGUAUUACUUUCCAACCUACGAAAACGACAGUCUCCUGUGCACACUGUCGGACAGCGAAGGUGACCUGACGGCCCAGGGCCAGAAGGAGAACGUCCCCGUCCUCAGUGAGGAUACAGCGAGGCUACCCGCUUUAAAGCAAAGCAGCAUCUUGAACCAGCUGCUGCCACAAGAGUGUUUGCAAAACUAGUAGAGCUGGAAGAGACUGCUGCAGAAGCAAUUUUGAAUAGUUUCACCUGUGAACUAGACACAAAAGCAUAGUUUACAUGUGAACAACAGCAAAGGAUUAACCAUUGGUAAAUAAACUUUUUUUGGCUUUUUAAUGUUCAGAAAAUAAAGCAGAACAUUUAAAUGA